AUGUCUGCACUCCGAAGGAAAUUUGGGGACGAUUACCAGGUAGUGACCACCUCGUCCAGCGGCUCGGGCUUGCAGCCCCAGGGGCCGGGCCAGGGCCCGCAGCAGCAGCUUGUGCCCAAGAAAAAGCGACAGCGGUUCGUGGACAAGAACGGCCGGUGCAAUGUCCAACACGGCAACCUGGGCAGUGAGACGAGCCGGUACCUCUCGGACCUUUUCACCACCCUGGUGGACCUCAAGUGGCGCUGGAACCUCUUCAUCUUCAUCCUCACCUAUACAGUGGCCUGGCUCUUCAUGGCGUCCAUGUGGUGGGUGAUCGCCUACACUCGGGGCGACCUGAACAAAGCCCACGUCGGCAACUACACGCCCUGCGUGGCCAAUGUCUAUAACUUCCCUUCGGCCUUCCUCUUCUUCAUCGAGACCGAGGCCACCAUCGGCUAUGGCUACCGCUACAUCACCGACAAGUGCCCCGAGGGCAUCAUCCUCUUCCUAUUCCAGUCCAUUCUCGGCUCCAUCGUGGACGCCUUCCUCAUCGGCUGCAUGUUCAUCAAGAUGUCCCAGCCCAAGAAGCGCGCGGAGACCCUGAUGUUUAGCGAGCACGCGGUGAUCUCUAUGAGGGACGGGAAACUCACGCUCAUGUUCCGAGUGGGCAACCUGCGCAACAGCCACAUGGUCUCCGCGCAGAUCCGCUGUAAGCUGCUCAAAUCUCGGCAGACACCUGAGGGUGAGUUCCUUCCCCUUGAUCAACUUGAACUGGAUGUAGGUUUUAGUACAGGGGCAGAUCAACUUUUUCUUGUUUCCCCCCUCACGAUUUGCCACGUGAUCGAUGCCAAAAGCCCCUUUUAUGACCUAUCUCAGCGAAGCAUGCAAAGUGAACAGUUCGAGAUUGUCGUCAUCCUAGAAGGCAUUGUGGAAACAACUGGGAUGACUUGUCAAGCUCGAACAUCGUACACCGAAGAUGAAGUUCUCUGGGGUCAUCGUUUUUUCCCUGUAAUUUCCUUAGAAGAAGGAUUCUUUAAAGUUGAUUACUCCCAGUUCCAUGCAACAUUUGAAGUCCCCACCCCACCUUACAGUGUGAAAGAACAGGAGGAAAUGCUCCUUAUGUCAUCUCCUUUAAUAGCACCAGCCAUAACUAACAGCAAAGAAAGACAUAACUCUGUGGAAUGCUUAGAUGGACUUGAUGACAUUAGUACCAAACUUCCAUCUAAGCUGCAGAAAAUUACUGGAAGAGAAGACUUUCCCAAAAAACUCUUGAGAAUGAGUUCUACAACUUCUGAAAAAGCCUACAGCUUGGGCGAUUUGCCCAUGAAACUUCAACGAAUAAGUUCAGUACCUGGCAACUCAGAAGAAAAACUGGUAUCUAAAACCACCAAAAUGUUGUCUGAUCCCAUGAGCCAGUCAGUGGCUGAUUUGCCACCAAAGCUUCAAAAGAUGGCAGGAGGAGCAACCAGGAUGGAAGGCAAUCUUCCAGCAAAAUUAAGAAAAAUGAACUCUGAUAGAUUCACAUAA